GACUGCUUUCCUGAACCGAAGCAAGCGAUGGAAACAACGUAUUGUUUGUAGCGUCCCCGCUCGCCCUUGUGCAUAGAGCUAUAGGGCAAGCCGACCCGUUAGCAGCAAUCGUGGAAGGCGGAUGUGACCCUGGAACAAGGGCUGGCCAUUCAACGUCCCCACAGAUUGUCAGUCCGCCACCCCGCCAAACUAACUAACUUGCUCUGCCUUUGGCCUGGAUAGACCAGACUGCUGAUUCUUGUGGAAAGAUCUCGUAGAUGAUUGGACUCAAAAAUUUGCUAAAGAACGUGUGGAUGUGGCUCGUCCGGUUUCCGACUCAUCGAGUGACACGCUACCAAGAUAUACCCUACAGUACUUCGGACUGAGCCCCAAGCUGAACAAUGGGUUGCGGUUCCUCAAGCUCCGCUAAGAUCAUCUCAGCAAGUGACUUUUCACCAUCGGCUACCAAGAACCCAACGGCUAUAACUCGGCGCCAGAGCCAGAUACAGCUGCAGAAACGUGCGUCAAAGUCGUCGCUGACUACAAGACCCAAGUCCCGCAAGACUGACGACCGCCCAAGACAAUCCAAGCCACUAGAUCCCCCGGAGGAGAAGCGUCAGGGCGAAGCAAUACAAACAACGAGCAGCCGAGGUGACUCACACUCCAAGCAUGCAUCAAAGCCUAGAAGUCGCUCUAGUUCAGCUUCCAGUCGUAAAUCAAAGCACAGUUCGGCAUCAGGAACUGCCGGAGUUGUGGUUGGUGCAACCCUAACUCAAACCGAUAUUGCUCAUCCGCAAGGGGAGAUACCAUCCAAUACUGCUGAGAAAAGCAAUGAUGAGCUAGAUGGAGGAAUGAUGAGUACUAUCCAGCAAAUUGGUGAUACAUCGGAGAUCGAAGGCCAACCUGUGUGUAAGGCUUCUACAGCUACAGAGCAAGCAAAAUCCUCUGCAAGUGCUGCAGAAAACACCGCAGUUGUGCCAGUACCAGAAGAUCUCGACCCAAAGGAUGGAACUGCCGAUGCCGCUCCAAUGCAGAGUGAAAGCCAACCGCCAACAGCAGAAGACCAACAGAAUCACUCGGAAGACACUGCAGCUUCAGCUUCAAUUGAUCAGCCUUCUGAAGUGAUGCCACCGCCUCCGCAAGAACGGGAGAAACCCAAUCCUGCUCUGAAGCUGGGUCCAGCCGUGGCACUGGACACCAGUAGGUCAACGCACACUAUGGGUGGCAAACAGACGACGGACAAACAAGCCACCAGGUCUAGCCAUGCUGUCAUCUCACCCGAGACAACAUGCUCAAAGCCAUCAGCAGCCACACAGGACACCACUUCAGCAGCCGUAACAGCAGUAGCGGCAUUGACAGUGGAUGAUGAUGAGAUAGGUGUAGGUGAUGAAAGCACUAUGGCUGUGUCCACCACAAAUCUGGACCAAGACAGCAAAGUAGCGCCGGCUGAACCGCCAACAAGUGAGAGUGCACCUAAAAGAUCUCCUGUUGCACUGGGAGCACCACAGCAACUGGAAGCAACACAGUCCACACGCCUGACGUCGCCUGAGAAACUGGCGGGCAAUCGCAGUACCCGGUCUGGACAUGCCAUAGUUGAUUUAUCAAAGAAUGCAAGGACUGAACAAAAGCCAUCGGAGUCGCCAACCGAAGCACAGUCAGUGGAACCGAAUGAAGAUGCAGCAUUGGCUACUAUGGUCGUGGAGCAGACCAAGGCUCCUCCGCCACUGUUCAAGGCGGCACUCGGAGCGCCGGAACAACUGGUGGCGACACAAUCUACACGGCAUGCAUCUGCAGAGAAGCUCUCUGGAAGUCGCAGUACUCGAUCUGGCCACGCAAUUGUCGACGUGACAAGAUGCGCAGCAUCUGGUCAAAAGCAAUCGGAGUCAUCAACUCAUAUUCAGACAGCAGCACCAAACGUAGCUACUUCAGAACAUAUUGUGGGUGAAGAGAAAGCCACAGAUCCUGCUCCGGGAUUUAAGGCAACACUUGGCACACCAGAACAACUGGCAGCAACGCAAUCCACACGGCAUAUAUCUGCAGAGAAGCUCUCUGGAAGUCGCAGCACUCGAUCUGGCCACGCGAUUGUCGAUUUGUCAAAAAGUAUGGCACCUGAUCGAAACUCUUGCAAGUCAUCGACUGAAGAUCAGACGGCUUCACCCAGUGCUGAUACUGCGGAGCCCACCGUAGCCGAAGAGAAGGCUACAGAACCCGCUCCCUUGUUCAAGGCGACACUUGGAGCACCAGAGCAGCUUGCAGCAACACAAUCCACACAGAAUGUGUCUGCCGAGAAGCUCUCCGGUGGUCGUAGUACACAAUCAGGCCAUGCACUUGUGGAUUUCACGAAGAACCCUGGAAGCGUUGAUCCAGCAGCAAAGUCAUCUGACACGGCACAGGGUGCAGAGCUGGCGGUGGUCAGCGUGGAUGAACCCCAGUCAAGCACGGCACAGGGUGCAGAGCUGGCGGUGGUCAGCGUGGAUGAACCCCAGUCAAGCACUGUACCUUCCAACAAAUUUACACCAUCACUCGGUGCUCCCGAACAAUUAACUGGCACGCGGUCAGCGGUUCACGUUAUUGCACAGCCGAGCACAGGGGACCGUAGCACCCAGUCGUCACAUGCUCUUGUAGACAUGAGCAGCACUACCAAGAAACAGGCUGCAUCAAGCAGUUCUAUGAAUGAUUCUCAGUCACAAGAGCAACCAGCAAAAGAAGGCAGCACUGAGGCAGAAGAGACAGUCGCUAAUGUGCACUCUACUGAAAUAGCAGCACCUUCAAUCAAGCUUGCGCCAGCUGAAAAGCUAGAUUCGAGCCGGUCCACGGCCGCAAUGGGCUCCCAGGAGGCCAGUGCUGCAAACAGAGGCACUGUGUCCAGUGUAGCUAUCAUUGACAGCUCCAAGGUGGCACCUCCAAGUACCUCGGUGGAACAAACAGAGGCAGAGCCAGUUAAAGCGGAGGAGACUCCAGCUGAACCUGUGGGGACAGCUACGUUGAACCUCGGUCCAGCAGAGACGCUCUUAGCAAGUCGAUCUGCAGUUGUGAUGCAACAUGCCCAGUCGCCACUGGCAGGAGAUCGCAGCACGGCCUCAAGCAGUGCGUUUCUAGAUACAACACCUGGCAAAUCAGGCCGAUCACUUGCCGCCGAGCCAGCCCUCAGCAAGAGCACAGAUCCGCUGCCAGUCGACGGUGAAGCUGCUCCAUACAGUGGGAACACAGAGCCAGCUGAGGAUGUAAGCGCUACACCAUCACCAUCACAGCCUGAACAAGAUUCCACGACCGGCAAAGUGCAUAUAGGCAAGCAUCUUGGUCCGGCUGAGGAUCUGCACGCCAGCCAGUCUACUAGAGUUGUGGGGCUCUCGAGUACUGCAGAUAAGCGCAGUACACAAUCAGGGCAUGCAGCGCUUAGUGAAGUCAAAACCGGGGCACCGUCAACUGCAGCUGCACAGGGCGAAACAGCCGCUCCACCGGAGGUUAGCGGCACUGCAGAAUCAUGCGCUGAUGAGCCGGCUCAUGAGUCAACACCACCAGGUGGCAGCGAAUCAACAGCGUGUAGCAGUGGCAGCAAGCCAGUCUCUUCCAGCAGGCAACUGGAUCCACCAGAAAUCCUUCUCAGUAGCCAGUCCACUGCACAGACACCGAAGGCUGGCCUCUCUGGAAGUGAUCCGCACUCUCGAUCCAGUGGCCCUGCAUUCUCAUCCAUGCCAAGCCCAAGCAAUGUAGAAACAGCAGGAGUAGCACCUGUGGCUGCAUGCACCAACACUGAGCAACCGCCGCCUGAAGCUGGCGUGACGUCAAGCGCAACUCGAGAAUUGGAUUCACCAGAGGUUUUGCUAAGCAGUACAUCCACAGUACAAGUGAAAGGCAAGGCUCCGCUUGUAGAUGAUCGCCUCACCAAGUCCAGUGUUGCUGCUGUGGACGUACUCACCAAGCCAAGUCGAACUGAUGAGACCACAGCAAAUGAGAUCACCAGCACAGAAGCACCAGUCGAGAGCGCAAGGACUCAGCCGCCAGAGGACAGUCCUGCCGGAGAGAGCAUUCCCCCGGUUGCAGUUGUCACGCAAGACGAGCCCACUCAAGCGCCAUCUGGACCGGAUGGGACAUCUACUGCUGAGUCGGUGGCAACAGCGUUUAUUCCGUCACUUGAUCCGCCGCAAUCACUGCUGGCUAGUACAUCCAGCACGCACACAGCCAUUCCCAAGACUACCGCAGCACAGCUACAGAGCACAUCCGCCCAGGCACUGAGCGCAGUGCCGCCACAAUUGGUUUCUAGCAUCCCAAUGAUUGCUGUCCAAGCGCCAAGUGCCUGCUCUUCUCGCCAGGAUCUCAGAAUGAACAAACAGGAACAAAGUCCUCCUGCGCCACAAGCUGCAGAUGAGGCACGUCACGAAACCGUGUCAGCAGCAAGCGAUGAUAAACCUGCCCCAGUGGAACAAACUGGUAACAGUGAUGCCGAGCCUGUGGCACCGGUCGAGGCAUCUCAAUGUCAGGUGGAGGACAAUGCAAGUACACCAGCAGUAGCUUGUGAUGAGCCUGUGACUGAAGGAACAUCGCCAUCAACAGCUGAAGUUCCUGAGACAGCAGAACAACCCCAGGAAGCGGCGCCGACGGUUUCAAUGCCUCUGAUCUCCAAGUCGUCUGCGGCACUACUCAAACAGAUUGCACUUGAGGCACAGCAAUGCGCGCUGCAAUCAAAAUCAGCUAGCCGUACGGGAAUGGUAGAUCCGGAGCAAGCAGCAACAACACUGGCAAAGCACCGGACCACUGCAGCUAAACAAUGUGAAGAACCUGGAACCAAAUCACCCUCAGUUGCGGGAGAAGAAACCAGCUCACCCAAAGCAGCUGCACCAGCUAGCACCGAUGAAAAGACAGCAACAGUAACACAGACUGUUGAGGCUCAGUCCAGCGCUACCGACAUCUCUUGGUUAGGUAACCACACAAGUCCAAGUAACGCUGCAGACGAAAUCAAGUCUGAAGAGCCACAACAGCAAGAAGAUUGCCCCAAAGUUGAAGAUACAGCAGUAGCACCAUCAGAAGGGUCGGAGGCAGGAGAAAAGCCAGACAUCGCUAUCACCUCCAGAAGUGCAGAUAACUUCCCUGAGCAACCACCUGCGGAUAGUGAAGCGUGCAAGCCAAUAGCUGAGCCACAGGUCGCUACCCCUACUAAGGCCAGCAAGGACAAGGAUGAAGACAAUGCCAGCAAGCCACUGGUAUCAACAAGCUCUACUGCCAUCAAUGCUGACAAGAAGCCGAAGAAAUCCAGAGUGGGCGAGCUGCAAACUGCAGAGGUCAAGAUUGCAUCGAAAUCCAUGUCGGCAAUGGCCAAGUCUACCGGCGAAGACAGCGAUGAUGAAGGCAAACCAAUGGAUCUGAAAGAAGCAGCCAUUGUUGGUGGAUCAGCAUCCAACAUCUCUAAGGCAGCGGCUAUGGGUCAGCCGCUCAAGACUGCCUCCAAAAAGAGGUCCAGCUCGAAGGGGAGUCUACGCAGCACUGGAAGUAAAUCGUCGUUGCGCAGUGCAUCCAAACCGUCAGUGACAGCAAGUCAGCACAGCUUGAGGUCAAAGUCAAAGACGGCAGUAAGUUGAGCUGGACAAGUGUGCCUGCAGCCGAUGGUCACGUGAUCAUCGGCUAUACUGUAUGGUGGCACACUCUGACUGUCAGAUCACUGUAUUGGGAUCUGAUGCAACCGGCUCAGCAAACACAUCUAUGGAUGAUGGGCGCACACGUGUGUGUAAUGCCGUGAAACCCAAUCUAGCAAGUCAGGCAGCCUCUGCCAAGAAUGUGUGCCUGCACAUGAUGUAUGAGUACAUGUAUCCACAGGCUGCAAGUUAAUUGCAUGAAUCGGUGCAUGGUUUCACCGUACAUACGCAACUCAGUAUUCGGGUAUGUUUUGUCGCUAUCGAAUUUGUCUGCUGCCAAGAAAAUAUGUUGAGUCUGGUUACUGGAGUUUGCUCCAUGUUUGAAUGGGGAUUUCCCGCCGCAGUCACACUGGUGCAUCCUUCUUGUACAUAAUACGUCUUCAAACAUGCCGAUAUUGUUAUGUUUGGAGAUUUAUGUAUUCUUGCAUGUUUUUUUGUACACUGUUUUAAAUUGUUUGGACUUUGAUGCUGUGCUUGUAUCGGCAUAACUAUUGUUGACUUUGAAUACGCGGUAUAAUUGUCAUGAAUAUCACAACAUUGGAAACCGUGGCUAUUCGAUCCUAAGCUGACACAUCCACCGGCGAACAGGGACUCCGCGGACCAUAGUGCAUCACCCUUGCUAACUCAAACAAUAGGUACUGUACAGACAAAGGCCAAAAAGGACUGUUUCCAUGUUUUUUUAAAUCGUACUUCAAGUGAUCCUUUUCUAUGCCCCCCCCCCUUCUUUUCUUUUUGGGGUCUGAUAUGACCGAUAGCUGCAUUUUAGAAUUUCCUUGACUGUUUCAUUUACCGGCACUUGGACUUCAUUUUAAUUUUUUAAAUUGAUGUGCAAAUUUACAAUUAUUUUUAUUACAGCUGGCUAUGCCUCUGCAUAUUCGCA